AUGCCAAAUCUAUUGUGUUCACAAUGUCCGGAUGGUUACCAUGGAGCCGGCUGCUUGUCCCAGUGUUCCUGUCCCACUAACAUCAGCUGUGAUCCUCGAACUGGACAGUGCGUAUGUCCCCCCGGCCUGAGAGGCUCGGAUUGUGCAACAUCUUGUGAGUUUGGGUCCUGGGGCCACGGCUGCCUCGCUAAAUGCCAGUGUGGAGACUCUAAGUCUUUGGGCUGUGAUCCGGAGAGCGGUCAGUGUCUGUGUGAGGAUGGCUUCACAGGACAUCACUGCCAACACAAGUGCGUAAACGGCACGUACGGCCCCGGCUGUGCUCAUCGGUGUCAGUGUCAGAAUGCGGCUCUGUGUGACCACGUGGGCGGGGCUUGUACCUGCGCUCCUGGAUACACCGGGACCAACUGUGAGAAAAUGUGCCCGAACGGCUUUUACGGUCUCCAGUGUGGCCAGAUGUGCGAGUGCAGGAACGGUGCCCGCUGCCACCACAUCACAGGAGCCUGCCUAUGCGCCACCGGCUGGGCAGGACCGCUCUGCACUCUAGUCUGUCCAGAGGGUCGUUUUGGGGAGCAGUGCAAUCAAACCUGCGUAUGUCAGAAUGAAGCCAAGUGCAACCACGUCAGCGGCCUGUGCAGAUGUGCGCCUGGGUGGACCGGAAUCAGCUGCGAAAAGCGCUGUCCACCGGGGCUCUUUGGGGACCACUGCUCUGGCCAGUGUCUUUGUCAGAACGGGGGCUCCUGUGACUCAGUGAGCGGCCUCUGUUCCUGCCCGCCCGGAUCGACUGGGGCGGCCUGUGAGUUAGUUUGUCCCGACGGCACGUACGGCCAGAACUGCAGCCAGACCUGCACGUGCUCCGGCGCCCAAACCCUCUGCCACCCCGCCACGGGCAAGUGCAGCUGUCCACCUGGUUACCACGGCGCCCUCUGCAACCAACGAUGUCGCCCUGGCGCUUUCGGACCAAACUGCAAAUGGCGUUGCGGCUGUUUGAACGGUGGCCGCUGCGACUCCAGGAGCGGGCUUUGCCAUUGUCCUCCCGGCUACACAGGAGCAAUCUGCGGCUCAAGUUGCCCGAAUGGCUAUUAUGGGAAGGACUGUGCGAAGCUGUGCUCUUGUGGAGAGGGAGGACAGUGUCAUCCGGUAACAGGGAAGUGUGUGUGCGCGCCAGGUUGGAUGGGUCCUUCCUGCCAACAAGCGUGUCCGAGGGGCCGGUACGGACCCCAGUGCAGGAACGUGUGCAGCUGUAAGACCGGGGCCCAGUGUGAUCCCGUCCACGGCUCCUGUACCUGUGGCCUGGGACGUAUGGGCUCACAGUGUCAAACAGCCUGUCCAAUGGGGAAGUACGGUCCAGGCUGUGCUCACGACUGUCAGUGUCUUCAUAACGCGACAUGCCACUCUGUCACUGGUGUCUGCAAGUGUUCUGUGGGUUACUACGGCCACUCCUGUCAGAACAGUUGUCCAGCAGGGUUCUUUGGAGAAGACUGUGCCCAGACCUGUGACUGCAGAAUGGGACAAACAUGUGAUCACCAGACUGGACAGUGUGUAUGUCCACCGGGAAGCUACGGCCUGCUGUGUCAGAGAAGAUGUGAAGCUGGUUCUUUCGGCGCGGGCUGCUCUCAGGCCUGUGAUUGUGAAGGGGGUCUUCCAUGUGACCCUCAGAGUGGCCGCUGUCUCUGCCCCCCAGGACGAACUGGACACAGAUGUGAAACAGACUGCGGCGAUGGGACUUUUGGGCCCGGCUGCUCCCUGAAGUGUCUCUGUGAUCAGGGGGCUCAGUGUGAGGGGGUGAGUGGGCGGUGUCUGUGUCCACGGAGCUGGCUGGGCCCCACAUGUAGUGAAGCGCUGCCGCACCAAACCCCAGAGCAGAGGGGCUUCUCCGGGUCUCAGAAGAGGAAGAGGAGGAGGACGGGCAGCAAAGGCACGUGA